AUGAGCGCGCACCUUGCUGUGGUCGCGAAUGGCCUUCAGAAGGCCGUCGAGGUCAACCUCGAUCAGCUUCAGGACGCCGUUGGAAAUGGCUUCUUCUACGUGCUCGAGGAGGACAAUGCGACGCGUCUGCUGGCCACAGCGCCGCCGCCGUGGGGGCAAACAAUCCCAUCACUCCCGGCCGGCGGCGGCUUCCAGAUGACGCACUGGAGGCAUCUCGUGCCGGUGCUCAUCCAUCGGCUCGCACGCCACUCGGGUCGCACGCGGCAGCUCAGCGCGGCGUCGUGCUGCGUGGUCGCCUCGCCGCCCUUCGGCUCGAUUGCGGCUGGCCGCGACUGCAACCGCGCCGACUGGGAGCGGCUCUGCCCGGGCAAGCCCAUCGUGGCGAUGGACGGCCCCGACGCUGACGGCAAACGCGACUCGCUGUGCGCACCGCUGUGGCGUCGCUGUCGCGAGAAUGGGCCGCGCGACGCGAUCGUCCGCGUCUCGGGCAGCCCGCCCGGCCUCGUUGACAUCGACGGCACACGCAGCCUCUGCCGCAGGCUCGACGUGCCCUACCUGGGCCACGCACGGCUGCCGCUUGCCGCGGCGCGACCGGCGGAGCGCCCGACCCGGAUCGCAUACGCUGGUGCUGUUUGGGGCCAUCUUGACUCGGAGGCGAUGGGCUUCAACGCUUGGCGCCGCGCCAUCCGUGACGAGUGCAGGCGGCAGCACGACAAGGACUCGAACAGCUGCAAGUGGUCCUGGGUCUCGAUGCGAGGCUCGGGUGCGCCCGCGGCGCUCACCCUGUACGCGGCUUCGACCUUUUGCCUCCAGCCUCCCGGCGAUACGAUCUCGCGCUCGGGCAUCGUCGACGCCGUGACGCUCGGCUGCAUCCCAGUCUUCUUCCACCCACAGCAACGCGAGCUCUGGACAGAUCACUGGCGCGCCGCCGAGGCGAGCGUGCUAUUCGACUGGACGCCGGCAGCUUGGGCGGAGGGUGCGCCGCAGCCACUUGUCAAGGACCCGGCGGUAUAUGCGGCGCGAGCGGCCGCCAUGAUGGCCGAGCUGAUCGCGAUGCCCGCAGAGCGCGUGGCUGCGCUGCGUGAGGCCGUGGCCAGAGCGGCGCCCGCGCUAGUCUACGCGGCGAGCGAGGGCGGCGGCCAAGCGGGCGGCACGCGCGGCGCGAGUGCGGACGCGGUCGAUCACUUGGUGGCAAGGAUGCGCGCGCUUCGACUCGAGCCCUCGACGGAGGAGCAAGCGCGCUAUGAGCAGCAGCUUGCGAGGCGAGCCGCCGACCGCGUGGCGCACAAAGCCCGGCGGGCCGAGCACUCUGCCUGGCUGGCGACGCGAAACGACACCCUUGGCAAACGGGGCAAGGAGAGGUCUCCGAAGGCGAAGCGGCUCGAGAGGCGGCCGAAGGGAUGA